ACACGGACGGUACCGUCCGUACGGCACAGGGAAGUAGUGUGCUAUGCGAGCCGCCCCGCCGCUCUGAAAGUUCCUCAGGCUCAGGUCAGGCGGGAGCGCGGGACGCCACGCCGCCGCCCGUGCCGGCGCCGCUCCAUCGCAUCGCCGACAGCCCCACCGGAGCCAAAAAUGAAGAAGGCACUCCCCCUGAAAGGCGGGUCGGCAGGCUCGAGGCACGGGGCGAAAUCUCCAAAGGAUCUGGAGAACGUCUUGAAGCAAUAUUUUGGGUACUCGGAGUUUCGAGGAAGGCAACUAGAGGCUAUAGAGGCUGUUCUUUCAGGAAGGGAUUGCUUCUGUUUGAUGCCGACUGGGGGUGGCAAGUCCAUGUGCUACCAGAUCCCUGCUCUAGUGAAGGCAGGCAUUGUUCUUGUUAUCUCACCCUUAAUAGCUCUGAUGGAGAAUCAGGUUACCAGCUUGAAAAGUAAAGGUAUUCCAGCUGAAUUUCUCUCUUCGACACAAACAACCCAAAAUAAAAACAAGAUACAUGAAGAUCUCGAUUCUGGCUUUCCUUCUAUAAAAUUGCUGUAUGUUACUCCUGAGUUAGUUGCAACAUACGGGUUCAAGGAAAAGCUAACAAAGCUCUAUAACAGAGGCCUUCUUGGCCUUGUUGCUAUUGACGAGGCUCAUUGUAUUUCAACUUGGGGCCAUGAUUUCAGACCUAGCUACCGCAAAAUUUCAUCAUUGAGGAAGCAGUUCCCAGAUAUCCCUAUAUUGGCUUUGACUGCAACUGCUGUUCCAAAAGUCCAGAACGAUGUGAUAUCAUCAUUGUGCUUGCAAAACCCAGUAAUUCUUAAAGCCUCUUUUAAUCGACCUAAUAUAUUCUAUGAAGUUCGUUACAAGGAUCUUCUUGACAAUGUUUAUGCUGAUAUAUCAAAUUUACUGAAGUCCAGUGGAAAUGUUUGCUCAAUUAUAUAUUGUCUUGAGCGUGCUGCUUGUGAUGAUCUAACUAUGCAUUUGUCAGAGCAGGGUAUCUCUUGUGCUGCUUAUCAUGCUGGCUUGAAUAGCAAGGUGCGAAGUGCUGUUCUUGAUGACUGGCUUUCAUCAAGAACUCAAGUUGUUGUUGCAACUGUGGCAUUUGGGUAUAGCUUCUUUCUAUUGCCGCUAUUCAUCUUUUUUCAGGGUAUUGAUAGACAAGAUGUCCGCAUUGUAUGCCAUUUCAACUUGCCUAAGUCGAUGGAAUCUUUCUACCAGGAGUCUGGACGAGCUGGCCGUGACCAACAGCCUUCCAAGAGUGUUUUAUAUUAUGGAUUAGAGGACCGAAGGAGAAUGGAAUUUAUUUUGAGAAACAGCAGCAGUAAAAAACAACAGCCGUCUUCCUCUUCGACUGAGCUUUCACAGAAGGCCCUAGCCGACUUUAGUCAGAUAGUUGAAUAUUGUGAAAGUCCUAGCUGUCGACGAAAAAAGAUCAUUGAGAGCUUUGGAGAAAAGGUACAGCCAACUUUAUGCCAACGCUCAUGUGAUGCUUGCAAGCACCCAAAUCAAGUGUCCUCGUGUUUGGAGGAACUUCGUCGUGUGCCCAAUUGCCGCUUUAACAAGAUCUCUCCAGUAUUCAAAAGCUCAUCAGCUAAUCCGAAACACUUGGACACAGAAUUUUGGAAUCGUGAAGAUGAUGUAAGCGCAUCAGCUGAAGAAAUAUCAGAUUCUGAUGAUGAUGAUGUGGUAGUGAGCGACAUUGCCAUGUCAAAGUUUUCAUCGGAAAGAGGUUUGGAAGCAAAACUUGAUGCCUUGGAGCGUGCUGAAAAUGCUUAUUUUCAAGCCAAAGGCCCGCCUAAACAGCAGGGUGACAAGCUUAGUGACAAGAAGAGCAUAUCUCAGGCUCUAAGAGAUGCAAGCAGGAAAAGAUUGUUGGGUUCCCUUGGACAAGCAAAGCUGCGCCUUGGCAAUCUACGGAUCACCGAAGAGGCUUCUGCCACACACCUUGAAGCAGAGUCCUUCAAGAAGUAUCAGAAAGUGGGGAAAACGUUCUACAACUCUCAGAUAGCCGCCACGGUUCGGUGGCUGGCAUCUUCAAGUUCUGACCAGAUUCAUGAUCGCCUCAAAGCCCUAACUGGCCAGACCAGCGAUCAGGAUGCAGCCUCCAGCUCCCCUUGCGUCGCCCCAGAUGGCUUGGGUAAAAAUGCAGGAGAACCCCAGCCUUCUAAUGAGUCUGUGAAGACUGCAGCUUCGACUGAAAAUAUGGAGCGCUCCAGGAUGUCAUCAUCUGGACAAUUCGUCAGUGAAGCAAGAAGGGAUAGUGCAAUCGGUCCCAUGGAACUUCCCAAGAUACCAUCAUUCAGAGAAUUCAUGAGCCAAAAAGGAAGGGACCGUGCAACCAGCUCUUCCAGAGAAGAGAGCCAGACUCGUGGCAUUCCUAGAAAAGCUAGCUCUGUGAUCAGCAAGGAUGGAACGACAGCAACAUUCAAGAAGAUGAAAUCAUGAGUGAUGAUUUCUCUGUAGUACAUGCGAACUUGCUCUUAAUUCGCAGUAGGAAUGCGAAUGCAAUUUUGUAAUGCAGCAAUCAAACACUGCACUUCUGCUUUUCGGUUAUUCGUUUCCUCUCAAACGGAGAACAUGACACUGUUCUGCAACACGUAUCUCUGGGCAUUGCAACAGUGUAGAA